CGGCAUCACCAUUCCACACCAAACUUCCACCAGCAGCGAAGCAAAAGACGAGCUGCACCUCCACCUCACCAACAAACUCCAUUUCCCCAGCAGGUACGCUUGUCAAAGAAAGCUUCACCACCAGACUCCAAAAGCACCCGAGCCGGCCGGCGCGCGCACGCCGAAGAACAGCAGCUACGUACCUAGCUAGCUGGCCAUGGAGGUGGAGGCGUUCCCCAUAGGGUUCACGAAGGGCAUCCGCUCGCACUGGCGCCGCCGCAAGUACCAGCGCCUGGAGGCCGGCGAGGGCGGCAGCAGGACCAAGGGCACGCAGCGCCUCGGCGGCGGCGCACGGCGUUACGGCGGUUGGCGCCUGCGGCUUCGGGGGCUAAUCCUGCGCCGCGUGCGCGUGGUUCGAGCCGUUGUCGCGGCGCCCGCGCGGCUGCUGGGGUGGCUACGGGACGCGUACGUGGGCGGCAUGCUGACGGUGGCCAGGAAGGCGGCGAUCACGGCGCUGCCCAGCGAAGGGGUGUGGACGAAGCGCGUGCCGCGACGGAAGCACCAGAAGCUGUUGCUGCCUGGGGUUGCGGCGGCGGCGCCACAGAGCCCAUCGGAGUUCGAGAAGCGGCUGGUCAUGGAGAUCUACAAGUCCAUCGUCGCCUCCAAGGAGCUCACCACCAUGCUCCACUCCUCCGCCAUGCUCCACUCCUCCGCCGCGCACCUCACCACGAACACAGCAGCAGCCUAGCAACUUGAUGUAACAUCCGUCACUGACCGGCGGCCCAAGAAGCUGAGAAGGCCGGUCAAGCACGUGUGGUCGAUGCAGGUCUUCGCUAGGCUUGGCUUGAUGGUUCAGCCGGCUCCUCUAGCUCGGUACAAGGGGGAUAAGUCAUCAUGGAAGAUCAAGGUCCCGCUAAAGCUCAAAGUUUUUAAGCGUUUGUGAUGGCUGAUGGUGAUGUAACCACUGAUCCGAUUGUUAUGCGGAAACAGACAACAUAUUUUUUUUCAGAAAUUUGUACACUGAUGACCAAUCUACCAGUAGCUCCGGAAAUCAUUACCAAUUUGUUCCAGCAAAAA